AUGUCUGGCAAAAAGGUCCCUGUUUUGACGCAGGAUGCUCCUGUCCCAAUGCCAAUUCUCUCCCAGGGAAUUGUCUACAAAGGGGUAGUCUAUGUCUCCGGAAGCUUGGGCAUCAUUCCCUCAACAGGAAAAUUCGUAGAUGGCACUGUAGCCGAUCGCACGGACCAAAUCUUCCGCAGUAUAUCCGCUAUUCUCAAAACUGCGGGAAGCAGCUUAAACAGUCUGAUCAAAGUCAACAUUUUUCUCACCAACAUGUCCGAAUUCAGCACUAUGAAUGAGGCAUAUGCCAAAAACAUGCCAUCUGGAGUCAUGCCUGUUCGCACAUGCGUUGCUGUAAAGGGAUUGCCUUUUGGUUCGGACGUUGAAAUUGAAUGCAUGGCGGCUUUAGAAUAG